UUUGCAUUUUAAUAAGAAGAAAAUCCAGAUGAAGAUUGUAGAACUGGACAUGACGUCUGUGGCGGACAAAAUGGAGCGAGUGUCAGUCGAGCAGGACGAGAUGUUUUCUCCGAUUAGUGAAGCUCAGCGUGGAAGAACAGAUGAAGAACAGCGCGGUUUCUCGGGUCCAACAACAGAGCAACAAACUCACAGCUACAGCUCAGAUCCAGAUGCUUUUUUCCAGUUCCUGGUCAAGAGUCAAAGUCAGCGAUUAGACGACCAGCGGGUGGCACUGAGCUCAUUGCCAGGGAUGGAAGCGUUCACCAUCAAAGAUCCGAAAGAUGGAAGUGUACUGAAGACAAACUUUGAUCAGAUUUGCAACCUGGUCAGCAAAGCUAAUGUAAGUUUUCCAAACAAUAUAUAAUGCAUGCUGCAAGGUUCGUUUUUUUUUUUUUAAAUCAGUGUAUAUCUAUAAGAAAGGUUUGAGAGUGAACUUCUUUACCUGUUAUGUAGAGUUUGAAGAAACACAACCCUCCAAAAACAAGCCUGACCCCCGGGGCCCAGGACUCUAUGAGAAGAUCAAGCUACAAUCCUCCAACUGCUGCUGAUACAGACACCUACAACACUCUCACGACCAGAUCAGCCUCAUACAACCCUAUAUCAGACAAGGACA